AUGGCUGACUGCGAGUCCGACUCAUCCGACUCGGCCGACUCGGCCGCUGCAAGCUUCCUCGCCGCCCCGCGCUCGCUGGUCCAGACCCGGCUGGUGUUUGCAGCUGCGGCAAGUGCCCACGGCGACGGGAGCGACGGGAGCGACGGGAGCGACGGGAGCGACGGGAGCGACGGGAGCGACGGGAGCGACGGGAGCGAGAGCGGCCGGAGCGAGAACGGCGGUGGUGGUGGCGGAGACGAUCGGGCGGCGGCGCGGCGGGCGGCGGCUGGGCGGCUGGUGGCGGCGCGGACGCUAGUGGUGCGCGGGCACGGUGGUGGCAACAGCAGACAGCCGCGCGAUAAUGUCCAGCCGCUGACCCAGCUGGCGCUUGACGGUGACGGCGCGCUGAUGGUGGUGGCCAACGCGGCAGGCUCGUUCUCGGUGGUUGACCUGGAGGCAGCGCUGGCCGAUGGCGACGUUGCGCGAGUGUCGAAUGCGGCAGCACCCGGCACGCUGGUCCCGGUUCUGGCUCUGCCGCCACAGGGCGCCAUUCGCGACGUGCGCUUCCAUCCGGACGAGCCAUCAACGCUGCUGGCGGUGUACGGCAACCGACCGUGGCUUGCCCAGUACGACCUUGAAGUGUGCGGACUCGAGCCGACGCUCAAGCUCCAGGUUCCGGCCAACGAGCUGCUCUCGCCGGGCCUGCUCUCGCUGGCGGCGUUGCCGCAGCACGCCGCGGUGGGGCCACCGGUGUAUGCCACAUCCAGAUCAGGCGCGGUGUUUGGGUGGGAUCCACGCGCGGCGCGCGGUGCGCGUCCAGCACUCCAUGUCCGCACCGCACACAAGGGCCGAGCCACGGCUGUAGCCGUCUCGCACGACGGGUUCACCCUCAGUUCGGGCGGCGACGACGGGCUCAUCGCGCUGUGGGACAUCCGUCACACCAUGAUGCCACUGAUGAAGGUGCAUGGUUCGCGGUUCGGAGCUGACGGCUCGGCUGCCGGUGUCACGUUCCUUGGCUUUCACCCGCGGGCUCGCCACGCGCUUGUCUGGCAGAUGGCCUCGGGCCAGGUGGGCGUCUUUGACAUCAUGGGCGACGCGCUGGCAUCUCGAGCGGCGCGGCUCUCGGGCCAAGUCGCAGUCGGCGGUGUCUCGGGCGCGCUCGCCCCGCUUGCCAAUCCGGCACCGGACAUGCAGGUCUGCCGGUUUGCCCUCAAGCCAGACCUGGCGGAUGACGGCACGUUUACCUACACGGCGCCAGACACGCCGUGGGUGUACACCUCGAUGCUCGACAUGUGCGGAGGCUUUCGGCGCCUGGCGCGGCUGCCGCGGUCGAGCAAGACAACAAGCUCCAGUGACGAUGACGCCGGCCUGGAGCCGUCGGCGCCGAGCGGCGGUGGCCUCUACCGGGCCACGCCGGUGCCUGCCGGUGUGGUAGCACUCCAACGACUGGAGCCGGCCGCUGGCGCGGCGUGCCUCGCGCUUCACCCAGGCCUCAAUCUGGUGAGCGUGCUCGACACGCCGGAUGUCUCCACGGCCGGCGACGAGGUAGCUGAGCCCGAGGACGACGACGAGUAA